UACGAUACAACUUUUUAUCGCAGUUCUCAAACAUUUAAUUCUCUUUAUUGACUCAGUCGGUAUUGUUUACGGUGAGGAUUAUCAUAAUCACAUUAAUUUCUGAAGAUUAUAUCGCGGUGGCUUAUUCGGGUGUGCCGCUAAUAACGACCUAAGACAAAUUUUUUUGUAUUCGAGGAUUUCGAGGACUCAAAAGUGUUAUUGGGAGUGUGUUUUUGUUUGUUAUUCAAAUUCUGAGAGUGCUUUGUAAAUAACCGGAGGAGCAAGGUUGACAAGUUUACUUACGAUACCGAGAAAGUGAGUGAUACUGUGUUUUGAUCAAAGGGUCUAAACUAAUUAUAUUUUUGUAUUAAUGUACUUAAUGUGGAGAAUUUUCUUUGAGUGAAGAAUACCCUUUCAGAAAAGUUAAUUAUAUAUAGAUAAGCCAUGCCCAAUCGCCACAUACAAAUAAUAUUGGAGAAACAGGAUAGGGAAUUAUAUCUAGCCGAGCAAAAUUGCACGAUUUUAUAUGGCCCCGAUGUGAAGAAUAAACACCAGGGAGCGUUUUAUAACAGAACGUCCCAAAAUUUGAUGUGCCCACCAUUUUGGGACUCAAUCAUAUGUUGGCCCUACACACCAGCAGGAGAAAAAGCUGUUAUACCUUGCCCAUCAUAUUUCGCCGGAUUCAGAGAGGAUUUCAAUGCUACCAGAACGUGUACAGAAAAUGGCACAUGGUAUGUAAAUAGCAGUACACAUGAACCAUGGGGAGACUAUACAGCUUGUUCAGAGGGACGAAUCGCAACCAUUUUUACAAAUAUUACGUCUAAAUCAGAUCUCUGGAAACGAUAUGAGACUUUGGUACCCAUUCUGAAGAUUAUCUCACAAACUGGAUACGCUGUGUCACUUCUAUCACUGAUAGCUGCGUUUAUAAUAAUGUUAUCAAUUAAGAAACUGCAUUGUGCAAGAAACAUCCUCCACAUGAACUUAUUCGCCUCGUUCAUCUUCAGAGCGCUUUUCCACAUCUUGAAAGAAAUAUUAUUUGUGGAAGGGGUAGGACUUCAAAUUGAUUUCAGUGAGAAAAAUGGCGACCUAUAUUUCAAAACUGAUAUUGAGCAAAAUAAUUAUCAAUGCAAAUUACUGACGUCAUUAGUACAAUUUUUCACGACCGCGAAUUAUUCUUGGAUCUUAAUGGAAGGUCUAUACUUAAAUAAUCUGAUCUGGAGGGCACUAUUCGUUGAUUCAAGUCGCAAUUUGGUGUACUACAUUUGUCUUGGAUGGGGUUUGCCGAUUUUUGUAAUCAUUCCUUGGAUCAUCGCUAGAAUUUUUCUUGACGAUACCAUGUGCUGGACGACUAACGACAAUGUUAAGGCCUAUCUUAUUAUUGUAAUUCCUACAAUAAUAGCAGUUUUGAUCAACUUCGCUCUUUUCAUCAUCAUAUCCAUAGUACUAUACACCAAACUGCGAUCUCCUAUCUGCGAAGAUACCAAAAGGUACCAAAAAUGGGCACGAUCAACAUUAGUCUUGGUUCCUCUCUUUGGAGUCCACUAUGCCGUCUUGCUAAUAUUCUACUUUACAGGAAAAACAGAUAUUUGGCUAAUCUGCGAUUCUCUCUUUGGAAGUUUUCAGGGACUAUUUGUGGCUAUUUUGUAUUGCUUCAUGAACGGCGAGGUGAAAACUGAAUUAAAACCGCAUAUUUAUAAUUUUCUCAGCUAUUUAGCAACUCAUCCAAUUUUAGGGAUAUGCUUUCCGUGUAGGGCCAAGUUUUUGAGAUCAGCCGUGGGGAGGCGGUCAGUCUGCACGACCUUGUCCUAUAGCUCAAUUUAUGUUAAUGGAGUAGGGCACAGAAAUAGCAAAUCUAAGUUUAUUGAGAAAGGAAGGCAUCCAAAUCAAGAAAAAAAUCACUGCUGCAACGGAAAACAUCCAUCUACAAAGAAUGGUGUUCAAGUUGGUAUAAAACACGUUGGAGAUGGCCAGGCUGAGACAUCGUUAUGUAACGAUCAGAGGUCUGAGAAAUGCCGAAUGCAGUCUUGUGAAACCGACGAAGAAAUAUGCAUGCUCACAAAAUCUUGCUGAACCUUGAGGUUCUACAUAUCUCCCAAUAUAAUUCCACAGGGUAUUCAAUUGUAAGAUAUAGAGUAAGAUUUUCGCUCAAAUCGCUUGAAGCUGUAAGGAAUCUGAAGUAAGGCAUCAAUGCCCAAUUGAUGUAUGUAAAUUAUU